CAUCACUGCCACAACGACUCCCACCGCGGCCCGCUACUAAGUGUACCCUAACAACUGAUCAUAACAUUUUCCCCGUCUACCGGCCAACAGCGCGUCGUUAUCUGCGUGUGUUCCAAUCGAUUAUUAUUAUUAUUAUUAUUCACAUUAUUAUUCCUUUACCAUGUCCGCGGUCGUCCGUCCUCACAAUUGUUUCGUUAUCUAUUCGUCGUUCCGUUGACGUCGGCACGUCCAUUGUACACGUUCCAAUCAAAAAUUAUCGUAAUCGUACAUUUCAUCUUAAUCCAAUAUUUUACCCAGUCGAAUAAUACUGAAAUGAAUAUGUUCCUGUGAGCGUGUGUACGGAUUACGAUUUGUGCCAUUACACACCGUUAACGACCGUCUUCGAGGCUGAACCGAAAUCUUCCGUACCGUCGCAUUUUUCAAAAUGUCUUUGCGUGAUUUAGUUGAAAGUGAUUGUGGAGGUAGCAAUUCAUUGGUUAAAUUAUCGACACAUUUAGUCCAAGAUCAUGCGUUUAAGGACCAAGAUCUUAUACAAUCAACACAUAACGAAAAUAAUGAUCAAAUUUUUUUGCAAACUAAUACAAGAGAGUUGGCGGAUCAAUUUUUUAGUUCCGUCGAAACAGAAACAUUCAAAAUGGAUAACAUUUUAGCUGAAAUGAGAAGUGUUGAAGCCGAUUUGGGUAGUAGUGAAGAAGCUUGGCCAACAGAGUUUGCGAAAAAAAUCGAUAAACAUGAUCAGCAGUUUGAUCCAAAUAUAUGGAGCUCUUCAGAAAAUAAAAUGCUAGUAAAAGACGAAGUUUAUGAUUUAGGCUAUACUCCUGAAUGGGUACAAGAAAUAGAGCAAUCCUAUGAGAAUCAAAAGAACAACGUAAACAAAUCACGAUUUGACUUUGAUAGAAAUAAAGAAAAGGUUUUAGAGUUUGAUGAUUUUGAAUCUAUUACACGUGAUGAUUUUAUGGAUGUUAAUAGAAAAGUAUCUUAUGAGAAUAAUUUUCAUUUACCAAUAAACAAUUUGGGAAUUGGAUUAUUUCAUAAUCCAAUACUUGCGGACAAUCAAGAGUAUCGGCAUGAUAUUAUGGCAUUUGAAAAUACAUUUCAAUCAACAGAAACAAAUAAUGCGUCGAGUACAAUGUCACCAAGUACUCCAGGAAUAGAAAAUAUAUUGGUUAGAGAUCAGUUUGAACAAUUUAAGCAAUUGGAUCGAACUAUUGAAAAUGUGGACCCUAGUUCAAUGAAAAACGAGUAUUUUAAUUAUAAUCCGGUGUAUGGUAAUACCUCGAGAGAUAUUGAUAUCAGAUUUGAUUCGCCAUCGAACUAUUCAUUUACGCCGGGCAACGAGAUGGAAUCAAUAGAAAAUCCUUUAGCUGAAGGAAAAAGACGGUUGGAAAAUGGUGAGUUGCCAACGGCCGUAUUAUGCUUUGAAGCAGCUGUUAAGCAAGAUCCUUCUAAUGCUGAAGCGUGGCAGCUUUUAGGAACCACCCAAGCUGAAAAUGAACAAGAUCAUUAUGCUAUACAAGCAUUAAAAAAAUGCAUAGAAUUGCAACCAGAAAAUUUGAAUGCUAUGCUUUGUUUGGCGGCUUGUUACACAAAUGAAAGUUCUCAUACAUUAGCUUGCCAAACGCUUAAAGAUUGGUUAUAUCAAAAUCCUAAGUACAGAGAUAUAGUGGAAUCAAAACCAAUACCUAAAAUCACACCUUAUUUGCUCUCCUCGAGCUUCUAUGAUAACGUAAAAGAAAUGUAUAUAGAAGCUGCUCAAAGGAGUUUGGAAACUGGGAAUGUUGAUGCUGAUGUUCAAAAUGGAUUGGGCGUAUUACUAAAUCUUAAUAACGAGAAUGAUAAAGCAGUUGAUUGUUUUAAAGCUGCUCUACAAAUAAGACCUGAGGAUGCGCGUUUGUGGAAUCGUUUGGGUGCCACUUUGGCCAAUGGUGGUCGGUGUGAAGAAGCUAUAGAAGCAUACCACAAUGCUUUGCAGCUAUGCCCAGGUUUUGUAAGGGCUCGUUAUAAUUUAGGAAUUACUUGUAUACAUCUUGAUACAUACAGAGAAGCUAUAGAGCAUUUGUUAGAAGCACUAAACCAACAAGCAUCAGCUAUAAGUGCAAAGUUUCAAACGCCUGCUUUAUCAGAUACUAUUUGGAGUACAUUACGUUUAGCUAUUUCAAUGGAAGAACUUCCAGAAUUAUUGAAAGCUGUUAAUGACAGGAAUUUAGAUUUGUUAAAUGAAAAAUUUAAUUACAAUGGAGCUGAUCGAGGUAAUGUUACUCCUGAAAAUGAAUAAGGUGUAAAAUAAUUUGUUAUUUUAUUAUUGUUAUUUUUGAAUUUGGGUUUAUUUAUAGGCUAAACAAAUUAUU